AUGCUCUGGGGACUUUCAUUGCUACUUGCUGUACAUGUUGGCAGCGUCAUUUGCCAGGACCAACAUGUGCUUGGUUCCAGUGGCGAUGGUCUAGAUCAAAUUCGCGACAGGCUCUUAGAAGCUGAGAUCAUUCCGACUGUUAUCGAUGAUUUCCCUCCCGCCCUUGGGUUUAGCGCGUCAUGGAAACGCGACUCGGCUGAUCUUGGCAAUACCCUCAAACCAAAACACCUCAAAAAAGCGCCCAAAAUUCAUCUUGACAAGGUCGAUUCAGAUAUUUCUCUUGACUCGAUUCUGAAAAAGCAUGCCACAUAUGUGAUCGUUCUCACUGACCCAGACGCGCCAUCCAGAGACGACCCUAAAUGGUCAGAGUUCUGCCACUGGAUUGCAACGGGAACCUCUAUCUCUUCAUCAACGACAUCAAAGCAUCACUUGACAGACCUCGUCGAGUACAAGGCUCCGGCUCCGCCACCAAAAACAGGAAAGCACCGUUACGUCUUUUUCGCAUUCGUCGCAGCCAACGGGACGACCGAGAGACUACAUCUGACUGAACCUAAAGAGAGGAAGCAUUGGGGUUCGAAAGAUGCUGGACAUGGAGUUCGUGAGUGGGCGGGAAAACAUGGUCUUGCUCCUGUUGCUGCGAAUUUUAUAUACGCAGAAAACGAAGAGCAGUAG